GAUCAGUGAAUCAACUUGAUUUCCUAAUCAGGUUCGAUGUGAGGAGAGCCAGUUAGAGAUGUGUGUGUGAUUCUCCCAGCGUGCGUCUUUGAUUCAGGCACUAAUUAUGUCGAUCCUUUGGGGAACACAGCCAGGAAGCUGGGUCCUCCUUGAUUAAUGCUGGCAGAGAGCCACGCAGCGCACAGCGGAGGGCAGUUCAGCAUCUCUAGUCCCAGCUGAGAAUAUGGUCCCAUUAUCUCCCAGCUGCCUAAGCAAUCCAUAAGGGCCUGUUCUGCGUGGAUGAUCAGUGUAGUGGAAGCAGGGACUUGCUGAGAGCUGAAAUCUCUGUUUGAUUUGCUGUAACAUGUAAAGCGAAACUGGGACAUUUUACUUUACAGUCUGUAAGUACCAGGUUUUUCCCCCUCUUUCUCCCUACAGCUCCAUGUGAAUGUGACUUUGCAAGCCGCAUUUGAUUUUCUGUUCCAUUGCUCUUUGUUGAAUAAAGCUGGUGAGAUAGAGUGUAAUCUGUUUAAAGCCUGCUGUUUCUGUUUAAUCUCUUAUAUAAUUGAUUCAUACAAGGAAAUAGGAGCCUUUCAGAAUGCUUUUAUAGAAGUUAGAAAUUAUUGGCUUUGUUUUUAAUUUGGAAGUGUGGUUGCACUCUCUUUGGUGCCAGGAUGAUUAGAGCAUAUAUUUAUCUUCUUCUGUACCUCUGGCCAUUGCGAGAAAAAUAUUAAAGGUUAUACAAAACUUAAAAGAAGCAGCGAUUCUAUUCACUUGUUAUUGGACUUGAAACUCCCUUUGACCUCGGAAACUGAAGAUGAGGUUGCCAUGGGAACUGCUGGUACUGCAAUCAUUCAUGUUGUGCCUUGCAGAUGAUUCCACACUGCAUGGCCCGAUUUUUAUUCAAGAACCAAGUCCUGUAAUGUUCCCUUUGGAUUCUGAGGAGAAAAAAGUGAAGCUCAAUUGUGAAGUUAAAGGAAAUCCAAAACCUCAUAUCAGGUGGAAGUUAAAUGGAACAGAUGUUGACAUUGGUAUGGAUUUCCGCUACAGUGUUGUUGAAGGCAGCUUGUUGAUCAAUAACCCCAAUAAAACCCAGGAUGCUGGAACGUACCAGUGCACAGCAACAAACUCAUUUGGAACAAUUGUUAGCAGGGAAGCAAAGCUUCAGUUUGCUUAUCUUGACAACUUUAAAACAAGAACAAGAAGCACUGUGUCUGUCCGUCGAGGUCAAGGAAUGGUACUACUGUGUGGCCCGCCACCCCAUUCUGGAGAGCUGAGUUAUGCCUGGAUCUUCAAUGAAUACCCUUCCUAUCAGGAUAAUCGCCGCUUUGUUUCUCAGGAGACUGGGAAUCUGUAUAUUGCCAAAGUAGAAAAAUCAGAUGUUGGGAAUUAUACCUGUGUGGUUACCAAUACUGUGACAAACCACAAGGUCCUGGGGCCACCUACACCACUAAUAUUGAGAAACGAUGGAGUGAUGGGUGAAUAUGAGCCCAAAAUAGAAGUGCAGUUCCCAGAAACAGUUCCAACUGCAAAAGGAGCAACGGUGAAGCUGGAAUGCUUUGCUUUAGGAAAUCCAGUACCAACUAUUAUCUGGCGAAGAGCUGAUGGAAAGCCAAUAGCAAGGAAAGCCCGAAGACAUAAGUCAAAUGGAAUUCUUGAGAUCCCUAAUUUUCAGCAGGAAGAUGCUGGUUUAUAUGAAUGUGUGGCUGAAAAUUCCAGAGGGAAAAACGUAGCAAGGGGACAGUUAACUUUUUAUGCCCAACCUAAUUGGAUUCAAAAAAUAAAUGAUAUUCACGUGGCCAUGGAAGAAAAUGUCUUCUGGGAAUGUAAAGCAAAUGGAAGGCCUAAACCUACAUACAGGUGGCUAAAAAAUGGUGAACCUCUGCUAACUCAGGAUAGAAUUCAAAUUGAGCAAGGAACACUCAACAUAACAGUAGUGAACCUCUCAGAUGCUGGCAUGUAUCAGUGUUUGGCAGAGAAUAAACAUGGAGUUAUCUUUUCCAAUGCAGAGCUUAAUGUUAUAGCCGUAGGCCCAGAUUUUUCAAGAACACUCUUGAAAAGAGUAACUCUUGUCAAAGUGGGAGGUGAAGUUGUCAUCGAGUGUAAGCCAAAAGCAUCUCCAAAACCUGUUUACACCUGGAAGAAAGGAAGGGACAUAUUAAAAGAAAAUGAAAGAAUUACCAUUUCUGAAGAUGGAAACCUCAGAAUCAUCAACGUUACUAAAUCAGACGCUGGGAGUUAUACCUGUAUAGCCACUAACCAUUUUGGAACUGCUAGCAGUACUGGAAACUUGGUAGUGAAAGAUCCAACAAGGGUAAUGGUGCCCCCUUCCAGUAUGGAUGUCACUGUUGGAGAAAGUAUUGUUCUGCUGUGCCAGGUAACACAUGAUCACUCGCUAGACAUCGUGUUCACUUGGUCAUUUAAUGGACACCUGAUAGACUUUGACAGAGAUGGAGACCACUUUGAAAGAGUCGGAGGGCAGGAUUCAGCUGGUGAUUUGAUGAUUCGAAACAUCCAACUGAAGCAUGCUGGGAAAUAUGUCUGCAUGGUCCAAACAAGUGUGGACAGGCUCUCUGCUGCUGCAGACCUGAUUGUAAGAGGUCCUCCAGGUCCCCCAGAGGCUGUGACAAUAGAUGAAAUCACAGACACCACUGCUCAGCUCUCCUGGAGACCCGGGCCUGACAACCACAGCCCCAUCACCAUGUAUGUCAUUCAAGCCAGGACUCCAUUCUCCGUGGGCUGGCAAGCAGUCAGUACAGUCCCAGAACUCAUUGAUGGGAAGACAUUCACAGCGACCGUGGUGGGUUUGAACCCUUGGGUUGAAUAUGAAUUCCGCACAGUUGCAGCCAAUGUGAUUGGGAUUGGGGAGCCCAGCCGGCCCUCAGAGAAACGGAGGACAGAAGAAGCCCUCCCCGAAGUCACACCAGCGAACGUCAGUGGUGGCGGAGGCAGCAAAUCUGAACUGGUUAUAACCUGGGAGACGGUCCCUGAGGAAUUACAGAAUGGUCGAGGCUUUGGUUAUGUGGUAGCCUUCCGGCCCUAUGGUAAAAUGAUCUGGAUGCUGACAGUGCUGGCCUCUGCUGAUGCCUCCAGAUACGUAUUCAGGAAUGAGAGUGUGCGCCCCUUCUCUCCCUUUGAGGUUAAAGUAGGUGUCUUCAACAACAAAGGAGAAGGCCCUUUCAGUCCCACCACAGUGGUGUAUUCUGCAGAAGAAGAACCAACCAAACCACCAGCCAGUAUCUUUGCCAGAAGUCUUUCUGCCACAGAUAUUGAAGUUUUCUGGGCUUCCCCACUGGAGAAGAAUAGAGGACGAAUACAAGGUUAUGAGGUUAAAUAUUGGAGACAUGAAGACAAAGAAGAAAAUGCUAGAAAAAUACGAACAGUUGGAAAUCAGACAUCAAUAAAAAUCACGAACUUAAAAGGCAGUGCGCUCUAUCACUUAGCUGUCAAGGCAUAUAAUUCCGCUGGGACAGGCCCCUCUAGUGCAACAGUCAAUGUGACCACCAGAAAGCCACCACCAAGUCAACCCCCCGGAAACAUCAUAUGGAAUUCAUCGGACUCCAAAAUUAUCCUGAAUUGGGAUCAAGUGAAGGCCCUGGAUAAUGAGUCGGAAGUAAAAGGAUACAAAGUCUUGUACAGAUGGAACAGACAAAGCAGCACAUCUGUCAUUGAAACAAAUAAAACAUCGGUGGAGCUUUCUUUGCCUUUUGAUGAAGAUUAUAUAAUAGAAAUUAAGCCAUUCAGUGAUGGAGGAGAUGGCAGCAGCAGUGAACAAAUUCGAAUUCCAAAGAUAUCAAAUGCCUACGCAAGAGGAUCCGGGGCUUCCACUUCAAAUGCAUGCACGCUGUCAGCCAUCAGUACAAUAAUGAUUUCCCUCACAGCUAGGUCCAGUUUAUGACAAAAGUUAUCUAAAGGACUUACUGUUUAUACUAUAAGCAACAUUUAGCUAGUUGUUUUGAAGACACCCAGUACUAAGUAAUAUUGUUGUUCAAGUACAUCUUAUUACUGGAAUAAAAAUGUUUUUUGCUUCUUUAGGAAUGGCAUUAUACAGUACUUCCUCAAAGCAAAUCUAGCUUUGUCUGAAGUUUCUUUGGAAACUCUGCAAUGCACUGAAGACAUCUGUAAUAUGAUGUUACCAAAGCAGUUUACAUAUGUCCUUAUAUGCAUAUUUUUUAUUAUAUAUUUAGUGUUUUAUAGAAUUUUUUAAAGUUAACAUAUAAUGUAGAUAUUAAUUUUUUCCUCAGCUGUAAAAUGCUAUGGGCAACAGAAUCAUGCAAUUAUGAUUUGAAAAUAUUUCCUUUAAAGACAGAGUUUGAAAUUCAUCUUAGUAAACAAACUGCAAAUUACUCGUACAGUUUUACAAGGAUCUCGUGGCAGAACAGCUGAAGACUUGGUCUAUAACUCAAGGCUGCUGUAUGCAAAUUACUCUUCAAGUGGUUAAUGCAUUGAAUCAAGUCCUUUUGACAUAUACUAUAUGUUUUCUCAUGCCGUUGUGAAUUUUGUUGUUCAACACAACUUGAGAUGGUUUCAGGAAUGGCUGCAAUCUCAAAAGCUAAAUUUACUGCCCAAGAGGCACCUUGUGCAAUAUUCCCAUCCCUGAAUUUAGCAUUGUACAGUAAGAUUUUCUUUACACUCAACUAAGUUAGCAUUGUCUUUGUAGUAGCAUUAUCUUAGACAUUAAAUUUAAAGUAAAAUAUCCUGUAGUAACAUAGACCAAAAGUUACUAUAGUUAACCAAGUCUUUCAAAGGUUAAAAGAUAAUUUUAUUAUCUUUAACUGUAUCUAUUUUGAAUGUAAAUUUUAAAAAAGUAAUUCUCUGUCAAUGGAUUCCUAAUUUCUUUAAAAAUUUCUUAUAUAUAUUAUGUGUAUCUCUGUAAUAAUAGAGCCCUCCUUUUGAAUCAAAAUUACAUAUGGAGUUUGGAAGAUUUCACCUAUUUCAACAAAUAGUUGCUGCAAGAAUUUUUAAUAUGACUCUAUAAAAGAUCUUUAGUACAAUUGUAUGGUUUCUUGAUGAUUCUGUUUUGCAAUAGGUAGCCUAGUUGCUUUAUACGCUUUACCUUCUAAGUCUUAAAAUCACACAUUGGAAAAUGACAAUAUCAACAAAACUGUAUUCUUAUGAAAUGAACUAUUUGUUACAAUGGGAAAGGUUUUGUAAGCCAAUGCUAGUGGAACAGUGACAUAAAAGGCAAUGAAAUUUUCUAUAAACAUUUUCACAUGUAAACACGCUGCCACAAUUUCUUCUUUCUCAGAGAACUCAGAUUUGCUGUAAUUUGUCAUUUUUGCUUACAAAUAAUAUAACUUAGUUUUUCAAACUUCUAGUUAUAUUUAUCCAAUAAAAUCAUAAUCAGGAUUCCAUUUGUGUAAAAACUAGCGUGGUAACCGGAAAAAAAAUAUUGUCAGUAUUUCAAGCUGUGUUCCUUUCUUAAUUUAAUAUGAUUACUUCUAUGUUAAAAUAAAAUGAAAUUUAAAAUCACAUGCAAAAAAAAAAUCAACAAAAUAAUAAAAUGAAUGAAAAAAAGAUGACACCCCAGGGAGUUCCCAACCCCAGUGUAAAUGAUAUUUACCAGUGAUCUAGCAUAUGUAAUCUUUUUUUAAAGGUAUUGUUAAUAAAUAUUCUCUCAUUUGUAAAGAUA